UCUCCUUCACUGAACCCUUCUUUCUUUCCACAGUCACUUCUUUAUAUUUGGCCAUUUCAAUGUUAGAUAUUACUGUAUCUUUCUCCCCAUUAAUAUAGGAAUUAGGGCAUUACUGGUCCCCUUCGUUUCGUUCCUCCACGAUUCCCACUACCUUCUCAAAUCAUAAAUGCCAACCAGUUUUCCUACUACUGCAAGAGAGGCAUAAUACAGAUAGACGCGCGCAUUUAUGUCCAUACAUAACCAAAUCAAGAAGGUUGAAAGAAGACGGAGACGGGAUUUAUUCUGGGAUUUGGUUGAUAUUGUUUCUUGGUUUGUGUUGAGGAGAAGGAAAUGGCGGUGGUGGGCCUGGUGGCGAAGCCGAGGUGGCGGACGGUGCUGAUUCUCAGGCGUGUACUUAUGUGCGCCAUAGCCACUAUAGCCCUCAUGGCACUUCUUUCGGUACAUGUUCGAGAAGUUAGCAAGUUGCCUGGUGGCGCUGCGUACAAGCUCCCUGCGCAACAUGAAAUUAGCUACCAAAAAGUGAGCGGAGAGCGAAGCAGGAUGCAAGAGUUUGCUCACCCCCAUGUGUUGGAAGCUCCGCUCAUUGCUCAGAAGUUGCGUGGUGCAAAAAGGAGCUUGAAUUUGGAAACACUGUGGAAGCCACUACCUAAUAGAGAUUAUGCACCUUGCACUGAUCCGAGUUCAUCCUACUCAACUCCUCCAGAGUCUCGGGGUUACCUGCUCGUACAUGCAAAUGGUGGCCUUAAUCAGAUGAGGGCAGGGAUAUGCGAUAUGGUUGCAGUUGCACGCAUUAUAAAUGCCACACUUGUGAUUCCUGAACUAGAUAAACGAUCAUAUUGGCAAGAUUCCAGCAACUUCUCUGAUGUUUUUGAUGAGUACCAUUUUAUAAAUUCUUUGGUUAAUGAUGUAAAAAUUAUAAAAAAGCUCCCCAAGGAACUGGCAACUGCAACUAGGGCAGUGAAACAUUUCAAAAGCUGGUCUGGCAUGGAUUACUAUGAGGAAGAGAUAGCAAGGCUCUGGGAAGAAUAUCAGGUGAUUCGAGCAGCAAAAUCUGAUUCUCGGUUAGCAAACAAUAACCUUCCUCCUGACAUUCAGAAGUUGCGAUGCCGUGCUUGCUAUGAAGCCCUUCGCUUUGCACCUGAAAUUGAGAGAAUGGGAAAGUUGUUGGUAGAUCGCAUGAGGUCCCAUGGUCACUAUAUUGCUUUACAUUUACGAUUUGAAAAGGACAUGCUUGCCUUCAGUGGCUGCACCCAUGAUUUAUCCCCGGAAGAAGCCGAGGAACUAAAGACAAUCAGAGAGAAUACAACAUGGUGGAAAGUAAAAGAUAUCGACCCUCUAGAACAGAGAAUGAGUGGCUUUUGCCCAUUAACUCCGAAGGAAGUUGGAAUAUUCCUUAGAGCUCUUGGUUUUCCAUCAAACACCCCAAUAUACAUUGCUGCUGGAGAGAUAUAUGGGGGUGAACCUCGUAUGGCCGCACUGCAGUCUCGGUAUCCUGUGUUAAUGAACAAGGAAAAGUUGGCAUCAGCUGAGGAACUUGCACCUUUCAUCAAUCAUGCAUCACAGAUGGCUGCACUUGACUAUAUUGUGUCAGUUGAAAGUGAUAUAUUCAUUCCAACAUACGCCGGCAACAUGGCGAGGGCAGUUGAGGGUCAUCGUCGUUUUCUAGGACAUAGGAAAACCAUUUCCCCUGACAGGAAGGCGCUUGUUCGGUUGUUUAAUAAAAUUGAGGGUGGAACAAUGAAAGAAGGCAAAAAUCUCUCUAAUAGAGUCAUUGAACUGCAUAGAAAAAGGCAAGGAUCUCCGAGGAAGAGAAAAGGCCCAAUCUCAGGAACCAAGGGAACAGAAAGGUUUCGAUCAGAAGAACCAUUUUACGUAAAUCCUUUACCUGAUUGUUUAUGUCAGAAGGAGUCUCCACAUAUGAACGGCUCUCUUAUUAUCAAGUAGAUCACUGGAAGAAAUGCUUUCCAGGAAACAUGACACUCAAAGCAUGUAGGUUGCUGGCACCGUUUGCAGGUUUUGCUCUUUUUUACAUGAAACCUGAGGACUUGAUGCCAGUAUGAACAGAGUUUUGGGUGCUCGUUGUGCAUACAUGGUGGAUAGAAGUCAAUGAAGCAACAGUGGAUACAGAUUGAUGGGUCAACAGAAUCCUGGUACAUGUGGUGGGGGAAAGAAGGAUGUUGCUUCACUGAGACGAGCCCCUGCAUGUGACCGCUGCACAUGGAGGAAAAGACCAAUUUUCAGGGUACAUAUAUAUAGAGGUUUCAUUUUUGAGUCGGUCAAUACAGCAGGAUUGAUAUUCUAUUGUAGAGACCUCCUCAUGCCAUCCAAAUGGGUUCACAUUCAUGUGGGCUGUGAAACCUUAGAUGUGAGGUGAUGUCAACAUUUUAUUUUAUGAUAUCGUAUUUUCAAAUGGUUCUUAACCUUUUUA